AAAACCACUCUCUCUCUCUCUCUCUCUCUCUCUCUCUCUCAUACCGAGCUCCGUCAAAAACCCAUACCAAAAGCAAAACCAAAAAUGGCUUCCUCCGGUUCUGCAUCAUCUAACCCGAAGGAGGAGGGGGACUUGGCUGGUACCGAGCCAAUUGCUGCAGUACCCGGUUGGGAGAGGCCGGCCGUGAUUAUCGAUAGGGACUUUACAUAUGUGCAGCUCGAGGUGGAGGAGAUUGAUCACUCCAAGGCCCUCUAUAUAUGUAUCUCGGAACGCAAAACGAAGGAGGGGAAGUGGGCCGAGCAUCACACUAUCAAAGCCAUCAAGCUGUCCGAUUUGUUCUCAGAAACCUCCAGUCACUAUUCUCCCCUUCCAUUACGCCAAGUGGCUUGUCAGGAGAUGACCGAUUACCCCAGUCGCGCGUCGUGUGGUGUGUAUGGAUCCCAAAUUUUCUUCAGCAGCGGCAGAUAUAUUUAUGUGUAUGAUACUGAUACUAACCAUGAUGGUCCUGACUCUGCUGGUUUCACCAAGAUAAUUCCUGGUCUCCCAGAACGAAAAAUUAGGCCGCUGCUGGUGGAGCUCGCCCGGAAACUCUACGCCCUUGAUUUCUCUCCAGGUGAUGCUAAAAGUUUUGAGGUGUAUGACCCCAAAGAAGGCAUAUGGUCACCAUUGCCACUACCUCCUACUUGGGUCCUUGGAGAAGGUGUACAUUUGCAAUUACCCUGCUUUGCAGUCACCGGGACUAAGAUUUAUUACACCAUUAGAGAAACCCCUGCCGAGGAUUCCGAUUCCGAUUCCGAUCCGAAUACCAUGGUUUUCUGCUUUGAUGUAUCCGACCCGAAUAGAGAGUGGAGACAAAUCCCUGCAUUUUUUUGGUCGACACUCUCUCCAGAUGCUGCUGAGUCCCCAUGUCCUUGUAUUCCAUUUGAUGGCACAGCUUUGAUUAUGGAACUGAAUGUUGGGAAUGAUGAUUUGAAAUUAAUGCUCACAUAUUCAUAUGGAUCAGAGGUGUUAAUUGAAGCAUAUCUUCUCUCUUCCUCUGAAGAGAAAGCCAGGUUGAUCAGCUCUAUAACUGAGGACAUGACAAAGCUGCCACUUUUAAAUCUUGAAUUUAAAAGACCAAGGAGUUACAAGUUGGUUGAUCUUGGAUCUCAAAGAGCAUGCCUUAUUUUGAGCAGCUUCGAGCGAACGAUUUCCGUGCUAAAUGAUCCUAAGAUGAACAAUUUAGUGACUCUUGUUAUACCCUUUAAAAUCCUUUGCAACACCUACUGUAGUCAGUUCAAAUUCAUCUUCUUCCCUACAUGUUACCUCAAGAACAAUGCGAAAACCGACCCCCUUGCAUACUGUGAUGUCUAUGGUUGCUUUGUGCUACCUGCAAAAUGGCAAGAGGUGGAUGAUGAGCAGCAUAGUGAAUGA